UAAUCCCGAGCUCACCAGCACACGCGCGUGUAGAUUCUCGACUUUGCGGCACGUCAAUUAAUUUUGAAUCGUCGAUUCCACACUCUGGCAUCUCGCAAACUUCGCAUACUCUCUACACAAUGGGCUGGUUUUCAUCGGACGACAGCACCACGGGUGUGAAGAAGACCUCCGGCGGCGCCUUCGAGAACCCGUCAAGAACGAACCGGGCGAAAUGUUACGAGGCGCGCGAUGCCUUCUUCGAGUGCCUCGACCGACAUAGCAUUCUCGACAGUAUCAAUUCCAAAGCCGGAAGGGAGGCGACAGCGAAAGCAUGUGGAGAUACCGAUAAGGUGUUUGAGAAGAACUGUGCACACAGCUGGGUUGAAUACUUCAAGAAACAACGAGUAGUGAACUACCAGAAGGAGUUGGCGAUAAAGAAGAUUGAGGCUAGCGGUGGAGAAAUAGUUGCGCCUCAACUGCCCAUUGGAAACCCGAAAUAG